CGACAUUUAUGUGCAUUUGCGAAAACAGAAACAAGUGUAUUUUAUUAUUGAGAAGUAUAUAUAGUCCAUCAAUUAUCGUCUUUUAAAUAUGGUAUUUCAAUCUCUUGUUUUCUUUACAAGAAGUAGAGGCCCUGAUGAAUUUUGGAGAAAAAGAAAAAUAUUCAAACUAUCAGCUCACUUCAUUGGCAGGCGACGGAAUUGUUACUCCAUAGCGAUACGCAGUGUCCACAGAGCCCUGGUGUUUGCAACAAAAGGUAGAAAGUUGAAGAAACAGGACAUGAAAGACCUGUGGGACGUCCGCCUGACGGCGGCGUGCGAGGAGCACAACUUCAGCUACCCGCUGCUCGCCGAGGGACUGUCCCGCUGCAACAUCCUGCUCAACAGGAAGUCCCUCUCCGACCUGGCCAUCUGGGAGCCCCGCUCCUUCAAGGCCCUGGCGAGCCUCGCGUGGAGCCGCGUGGCCCAGGACGGCCUGGCCAAGGCCCGAGACCUGGACGAGCCCCCGGCCGGCGUCAUCACCAGGGGCAUGCUCAAGUAGCACGCUUGCUGUGCUUAGUUCACCUUUAAUGUUUCAAAAAUAAAUUUAUUUGGAAACCA